AGUUGUCGAUAUCGAUAAUAUUGAAGGCUCCCAAUAUUUUAAUAGAUUUUGUUAUACAAUUUAAGUUAAAAUUUGUCUUAAACUGAAAUAAAUCAAAGCAAAAUUAUAUGUAGUAACUUGUGACAGAUAAUGAUGUUUUGUAACGGAAAUAUUAACGGUAUUCGCAAAAAUAUCUGACACUGGUUUGAAUAUCGAUAAUAUUGACGAGUAUACAUUACUAGCUCUCAUUUUCAUUGAAUACGAAUACGAACUUUAGUUUGUCCUAUUUCUAUUGAAGUUUUUGUGUAAUUGUGUUUAUAUUAUUAAACAACAUUCUUGAGACUGCUAUUAUGCUGUGUGGGAAAUUAGAGACAGUGAAGCUUUGCUAGUUCGAGUUUCUACACAGCCACCGGCCUGUGCUGUGUGCCUGAAUAAAAAUGUUACCGGGAAUUGGGGUUUUUGGAACUGGAGCUAUUGCGAAGGUUUUGGUGCCAUUUUUAAGAGAAAAAGGAUUUCCAGUUGAAGCGAUAUGGGGUGUAACUCUACAAGAAGCAGAAAUAGCUGCCAAAGAACUGAAGAUACCAUUUUUCACGAACAAAAUCGAUGAUGUUUUGCUGAAGAAGAAUGUCAGUUUAGUAUUUAUUGUAUGUGCGCCUAACUUACAUGCUCAGAUAUCAGUGAAGGCGUUAGGUAUUGGGAAACAUGUUGUUUGUGACAAACCUGCUGGGCUCUGUCAGGCAGAAGCCUUGAAAAUGGUGCGUGCCGCUCAGUACUACCCAACACUGAUAUCCAUAGUCAAUCAUUCCUUACGGUUCUUGCCAGCUUUCAGUCAUAUGAAGAAGUGUAUCAAUGAUGGCUACUUGGGCAAUCCGGAUGAACUGACUUUAGUAGAUGUUAGGGUUCAGAUGGGUCCACUGAUCGGUGACACAUACAACUGGCUCUGUGAUGACACUAUGGGAGGAGGAACGCUUACAUUAGUUGGUAGUCAUGUUAUAGAUCUAGUGUCCUUCUUGACUGGCCAGAAGGUUGUCAAAGUACAUGGAGUUCUGAGGACUUUUGUAGAAGAAACAAGUAAAGUGAAUGGUAUAAGGAAGAUUACUGCACCAGAUUUCUGUACAUUCCAAUUACAAAUGGACAAAGGUUUGCUUGUUACAGCAACACUGAACAACCAUUUGCCAGGACCUUGCUUUAAUCAAGAAAUAUAUGUUUGUAGCAAGAAAGGAUACUUGGUUGUAAAGGGUGGAGACCUUCAUGGUAAACUACACAAGCCUAAUGCUAAGUCCAUAGAGGAGGAAGGAAAGAGGCCACAUGAUAAGGAAGAGGUCAUAUAUGUUGAUGUUGAGGAUUUGAGUUGUGCCUCUAGUGUUGUCCCUAAACCAUACAUAAAGGGACUCUGUAAAAUGAUAAGUGCUUUGAAAGAAGCAUUCCUACCAGUCAAAGAGCAAAUGGAUUGGGUGAAAGAGCCUGUGAAGGCUGCAGCAACAUUUGAGGAUGGUCAGAGGGUUCAAGCUACUAUGGAGGCUCUGCGGCAGUCCAAUGAGGAUGGUUGUUGGACAACGGUACAGCUGCUUACUGAACCACCAGACCCCAACCCGGCAUUGUCUGCCGCAGUGAGACGCACUGCCAUAUCUUUACAAUAGACUAUGCAUUUUAAUGAUGUAUGCCAUUAUUAUGUACCUUUAUAUGUUGUAAGCAUGCUAUGAUGCAUAUAAAUAAGUCAUAAGUACCUAGCUCAUAAGUUUUGAUAACUGAAAUUAACUCAGUAUUAAAUGUUAAUAUUCUCAGUAAAGUUUAGUCACAAAAACAAUUAGGAAACAAUGUUAGUAUGCUUAGCAAUGUACUUAAUUUUUUUAUUUUAUUUUAAAGCUUGCCAUGAUUAUGUAAAUGUAUGUUUUCACUCAAAGUUCUCAUGCUGCACAUGGAUUUAUACAUCAAAUGAAUAUGAAUACUAUUUACAGAAAAUAUGUAUAUGAAUAAUUUUUAUAUGUAAACCGGCCGUAUCUCUAAAGAUACUGUAUUUACUGUGAUUUAAGUUUAAUGAAUGUAUUCAGGUUGUACAAAAGAUGUGACUUGUUUGAAAUAUAUUUAAUUAUGUACUGCCUAAUAA